UAACCUGAUACAUUCUAAUGAGCGUUUAACAGUUCUGAUUAAAUCAAAAUUGCAAAGAAGUGAAAAUAUUUAAAAAGUGCAGUGCUGCAGAUCAGUCUGAAGCUUCAUCAAGUAUGAUUUAACAACCCAAGAUUUGUUACGUCUGUAGAAAAACAUGAAGUUCUACAUUCACUCGGAAGAUCCGGAACUAACUGUAGUUAUGGUAUGGGAGAAAGACAAAGCUGGAACUAUACAGGAUGUGUUGAAUACAUUUAUUGAAUCUUUGAAGUUAAAAUUUCCUGUAUGCAACACUCCUAAGUUGUUAUGUACUGUUAAGAAUGGCAAAGGAAAAGUUAUUGAUAAAUCUAGUGCUGUUGGCAAUGUUGUGAAACACAUGGAUGACUUGCAUGUGAAGGUAGAAUUUGAUAAAGGUGAAAUAGGUGUAAGUGUUGUUGAAGAUACAGCUACAACAGAACAUAAAAAGCAAGCAAAAGACUCUCAGUCAAAUAAGGAUAUCUUAUUAGGUAAAAAUAAUGCAGCCAUCAUUCAUGUUGGAAACAACAGGUACAGGAAAGCUAUAGAAAUCUACAAAGAGAUGCUGAAAGUUGAUUCAAAGAAUAAGUCGGCUUACAACGGACUAGUAACAUGUUACAAAAAAGCAGGCAGGUAUCAGAAGGGGCUGUCAUGGGCUAAGAAGGCUUUAAAGCUGUUUGAAAAUGAUGUCGAAUUACACAUCUUGGCAGGGGAAGCUUAUAUAGGGUGUGGUAAUGGUGAUGAAGCCAUUGAGAUUCUUAUUAAAUGUUCAAAACUAGCUAGAAGUUCAGGGGGUCUUAGCACAGAGCAUAAACACGAAAUUCAAGUGUUGCUUGCUAAAGCUUACCUUAUAAAGGAACAGAGAGAUAUGGCUAUUGCAGUGCUUCAAGGGGUUUUAAGAGAAAAUAUUGAGCACCAGGAGGCUCUUGUUGAAUAUGCAGGCCUGUUAUUCCCACUGGGUCCAUCACAGAAAGAGGAGGCAAUGUCUGUUUUAUUAACUGUUUUGGCAAGAAACAAAAAUGACAAAAAUGCUGUGGAGAAAUUAGCAGAUGUGUGUCAGCAACCAGGUGGUAUGGAGGUGUUAAAGGAAGUGGCUGGACCAGUGAUAAAAGACUCGGCAGCUCUAGUGUUUCUUGGAAACUGCCUCAGGGACUGUAGUGCCAUGGAAGAAUGCCUUCAACUCUUCCAUAUGGCUUUAGAUGUAGAACCAAGUAAUCCCAGUAUAGCACUGAUAUAUGUACAUACUUUAGAGGUGGUAGAGAGACAUGAUGAAAUUAUCAAGUAUUAUAAAGAGUACUGUAGCCAGUUCUUGGAAAAAUCUGUAAAUGAUGUUACUUGCUCAGAAGUCAGUGAUAUCAUUCACAGUAUACCAGAAAAGCUUGAGGACAGGACAGAGGGUGUAUCGCCAUGGAAACUAGGGGAUAAUGUGUUAGCUAAAUCAAGUAUGGGGGAAUAUACUGAUGAAGAGAAAUAUUUGCUAGCAUUUUGGUUUACACUUGUCAAAGUUUUGUUUGUUAAAGGUCAGCUACAGUAUAUUCCACCUUUGUUGGAAAUGCUUCAACCUCUUUGUGAAGGUCGUGACCUUCACCUUAGCAACAUUAGAAAUGAAGCAGCAUAUUUCAACUGCAUCAGAGAGUUAUUCAAGACCUAUGGAAAGAUUCCUUCAACAAAGCUGUCACAUGGAGAAAACUAUAUAUAUUUUAUUGGUGACAGUCACUGCAUACCUCCAGCCUGGCAGAAAAUAACUGUACAGGAUGCAACGUUUAUUGUGCUCCCAGUCCUGUCAACUGGUACUAAAAUCUGGCAUCUGAGAUCAGAGAGCAAGUUCUACCCAAAAGUAAACUUUUACUCAGCUAUCAGAAACAUCCCUGAUAAUUCCACAGUGGUUGUUUGUCUUGGUGAGAUUGACUGUAGAGAAGCGCUGCUUAAAUGCUGGGAAAAAGCUAGGUAUGACACUAUUGAGGAUGGCAUGGAAACUGUGAUAGACAUCUACCUUCAAGUUCUGAAGAGUCUACAAAGCAAGCACCAAUGGAAAAUCUUUAUACAUCCUGUACUACCAGUCUUGGAUGUAACUCGACCAAUCGUAUUGCAGUUUAAUCGAAUCCUGGCAACCAUGCUUCUGAGAGAGCCAACAAUCCAUUGGCUGAAUUUUGUAAAUGAACUUCUGACUGGACCUGAAGAGGAAAAGAUGCUGAAAGAAGAGUUCAGACUUGAUGGAACACACUUACAUCCUAGAUAUGUUUCUGUUUUAGCUGAAUCUCUGUCUCAGUAUUCUGGUAUCUUUAACUGAGAGUACAGACAGAAAAAAAUAUGACAGAUUUUAAAUUACUUGUUGUACUAAAGCUGGUCAGUCUCAUUUCAGUAACAUAUUAAUACAUUUUUCACUUUCCAUAUAUUUUGUCAGAAUAUCUAUUUUAUUAACAAAAAGGUUAAUUUUAUUUACAUUUAGAGCUAGAUGCCUAUUAAAAAUGUCUUAUGUUUUAUUGUCUUUUAUUAGUUUUUUUUUCACUAUUUUAAAAGCUGUGUAUUUCUUUUGAUUUCAAUUCACAUUUCCAUUAACUUUCAUUAUCACUUUCACUUUCAUUUUCUAAUGAAUUGCUGCUAUUACCUAUCAUGUAUGUGUAUGUUGACGUUAUUUAUCAUCAUCACUGGUUUAAAACUAUAUGGUGGAGCAGUUCCUCAUGUAUAGAAUGUUUGUCAAAUUUAAACGAGUGAUAAAAUAUUCAUCUUAGUUGGCCAAGCUUGUUAGAUAGAUCAAAUACUAAAAAUACCUCAAGAGAAAAUUUAACUCACUUAAGGAUGUACGAGUGUUUUUUUUUUCAGGAUAUCCGCCAUUUUGAAAAAUGGUUCUUCGAAUAUUGCUUUCUAACAAAAGUUUUGCGGAAAAUUAAUGCUCAAUAAUUAAAAUAUGGCUAAUAAUGUACAAUUUAACCAAGUAGAUUCUACUUUUUGCGGAAAAAAAAAUUUUCACCUGUAUUUUUGGCUGGCAUUUGCCUAAAAUUGACGUAAGAUUUACAAUGGAGUAGGGGUAGGUAAUUUCAAAUAUCUAUUAAAGUAGAUCAGGUUUGGUUUUGAUAUUUUCGUGACUGAUUCAUAUAAUGAUAAGCUAUGAUUGAAAUAAAAGUUUUCAAGAUAGAACUUUAUAUUUAUAGCUAGAAAAUAUAAAUUAAAACAAAAAUAUCAAAAUUCACCAGUUUUUAACAGUUUUUUUCUUAAUAAAUCUCUUAGAUGCACGGUGACCCCAUCUUUUUUUCUUUCCAUUUUGAAGCAUUUAUGUGUGUCAUUAAAGCUGCAAAGUAUUUUGUAAAUCUUAACGUCAGAUUUUUUUUUGUAUAUCUAAAUACGUUUUUUUCUAUUGAAAAUAAAGUGGGUGGGGUAAUUAUGUCAACAUGUAAAAAUGAAAGAGAUUUGUUAGUGACAUGUAUGCUUAUAUAAUACUGACAUCACCUUGUAUUCAAACUAACCUGUAAGAACUGAAAUCCCUAUAACAGU